AUGGCAGGUCUGCUUAGUUUAGUGGAAAGUCUUUUUGCCUCUUCAGUAUAUUCACUGCCUCGGUACCCUGCACAUUGGGCCCUGCCGUCUCAGACGUCGGACGGUAUGGCGACCGGUGACAGGCAAUCAAAUCUCAGGCUGCCCAGGACGGCUUUGGUUCUGGAACCAGGCGACACUCCAAGGCGUCUCCAAGGCGCACGAUUCAUCAUGGAGACUGUCUCAGACUGUGUACUUACAACGCGAGAACAGAGUCCACAGACGCUGACCUGCAUGCCCUUCUCGGAGCUGCAGAGCGUAUCAAAUUUCACCUGA